CGACACCCACAGUUGCCGGAGACCUUUCUGGAUCUGGCUGGCACUUUGGAUAAUUCUCAGAACAAAAUCACUGGCAUUGCAGAUUAGAUCUGAUUCGAUCUGGAGAGAGAGACGGGUCCCCGAGGCGGAGGCCAAAUAUCGCUUCUGUCCGUACACUAUUUAGAAGCUAGAGACGUGCACUUCCAUUGCUCGGUCAACGAAGCAAAAGCAGAAACUGAGAACUUUUUUGGAGCAGGGAUGGGAUUUUCGGUGGCGGGAGAAGAGUCGUCCCGGGUCAACCCCAUAGAGAUUCGCCCCUCGAUCGCUUCGGACUGAGCGAGUGGCUGUAUGUGAUUAGAUCAACUCGUUCUGCAGGUGGCGACCGAGAGCUCGACAGGAGGGUCUAAAAUAUUGCAGAUGGUCUGUCCACUGAUGCCGAUGCUCAUGGUUCAGAUUGACCGUGGGGAGAAUUGCACAGGUACACGAUGGCUGUAGAUGAUGAUCAGAACUUGCAGGAAACUGAUCUCGAUUUCGAUUGCGGGUGACUCAGUAGAAGCAAUGAGAAAAUGGCCCAGAGACUUCAAGUUUGUGGAGCUGAGGUGGGAUAGAGAGUGCAGAUGGUGUUUGCUGUAGCAAAUUGAGCUCAAUUGGAGUUGAGCGUUGGUCUUUCCAUUGCAGGGGUGACAAGGUGAAAUCAGUGGUAUUGAAGUCUCUUCCUCGAAGGUUAUGUUGACUGGAGACUGUGAGCUUUCGAAUUCGGGGAUAGCUCUACUCUCGUUGCUGCCAUGACUGUGUCCUGGCAAUGACCCAUGGUGUUGAGGGGCGAGCUUUUGCAGUGAUGGCGAGAGUUAUUGAUGGUGGGACUUCUCCAGAAAGUGAGCGAGCAUUUUCAGACUUUGAAACUGAAUCCGGAGAUUCCCCUCACCCGUGCAGCGGAAGAUCCAGAUGUAUUUGCCGAGAAUUUAAUGAUCCCAAGUUUUUGGACAGACUCCAUGAGCACGCUCAUGUUUCCUUUCGAUGGCGUACGUUCUGGAAAGAGCUUCUUUACCACACUUUCUUUCCGUUGACAUUACCACUAGUUUAUCUCUGGGAAGGUGGACAGCGAGGAAUUAAAAAUCGUCAAUUUUUGGGAGGCAGUCUCAUCCUCACACUUUCGCAAUGGUUUUUGGCUGCUGCGUUUUUCUCAUUGAAUGGCCUGAGCUGGUUGUAUGUCAGCCCGGAUAUUUUUAUCGCAGAUUUUCUGUGGAUCGUGCGUUGUUUGAUUCUUGCAACCAAAUACGGAUUUACCAGCGAUCACGAGAUGGAAAUCAUGAGAAAAGAAGUGAUUCCUUUGGAAGCCCAGAAGGACCGAACGCUUAUGUUAGGAUGGACAAAUGUCAUCCCGUUACGAGUCUUGAAACGGCAGCUUCUUCUGGCCGCUGUUCGGAAGAAUGCUCUGCGAUGCAAUGCGUCACUGCGUUUGAUUCCAGGAGCGUCGGACAAGACUGUACAUGAGAUUAUGCAACAACUUACAGAAGCUCCGAAGAUCAACGAUCAUAAAGAACUAAAAAUAGCACCAUCCUGGGAUUCUCUAGACAGAGCGAUCGGAUUUGAUGAAACCACUCACCUUUGUGCAACAUGUUUAAAGGAGACGGGCUCUAACAAGAGCUUUGAGACGAGAUGGCUUGAAAUAUGCAUGAGAGACAUGCUGAACAAUCCAGAGCUUAUUGUACCCACAGAAGCAUUGCUUGCUGAAAAAGAAGUCGCUUCUGAGAGUGUGGAUGAUCGUGAGCACGAGAAAGCCUGUCCAGCCCUCGACCUCCCGGCUCUCUUGCUAGCAGCAUACAUUCUUCAAAGGGCAAGCGAACUCCUACCGAAAAAGCAGUUUUUGCACCAGCUUUUUGUGAAUCCUUGGAGGCUCUAUUACUUGUCUGUAUUGUUUGGGAUCAUACAUGCCAUAAUACCAUUUGCAACUCGUGCUUUAGUUGGCCAACCAUCAACAUUUGGAGGGACCCAAUGGUACAACUUUGUUGUGUCAGCAAGCAGUUUCGCAAUCAACGUCUCAUCGAUGUCGUGGAGUGUCAACUUCAUGCUGGGAGGAUUGGCUGACUUCCGAAGGCGCUAUUUUGUAGCCCGGCUGCUCAAUACAUUGUUGAAGGAUGGUUUCUCUUCUGACGAGUCUGUUGUAAGCCGCAAGCUCCGAGACACAAAAAGGUCUAUCAAGAGAAAUUCUCCUUAUCACUUGGGCCUUGCCAUUAAUUUUUCGGAUCCAAGAUCUGUAAUCGGCUGGUGGGCUGUCAGAACUCUUGUUCAAGACUUCGGCCUCGUAUUUUACAUGAGAGUGAAAUAUUACGCCACCUACUUCGCUUUGUAUUGUGGGCUGCUCAUGGGCUACUUGGUGGUGAAGCUCUUCGCGUCAAAUGCAAUAUCUACUAGCUACAUCCUGGCGGUGGUGGUAUUUGAUCUGCUCGUAUUUAUUGGGCUACUCUGUUUGGUGGUGUCACCUGGCGGAGGCACGAACAACCUGAAUGUGGAGCAUGGAGCUACACUGUAUCGCAUCAAGAUGUCCAUCAGCACCAGACUGAACCGAGGCGGAGAUGACCUCAAGUUUGAAGAGCGUAGGUCGAUGGAACUGGCAAUGGAAGUGCUGCAAUCUAUCACUCAAGCAGUAUACUGGGAUAAUUUGGUCAAUCAGAUUACAUUUCUUGGGUUCACGGCCGGAGCGGAGAUACUUGGGGUUUUGAUCGGUGCAGGAGGUACUGCCGUAGGUAUUGCAGCUCAACAGCUGACGGCCACCAUCAGUUAGCUGGCCAUAAGCUUCGACGUCAAUUUUGGACUCUAUUCUUUGUUAUUCGAGGGAACUGAAUCCUCCAGCACUGAAGGGUGUAAGAGUUACUGUUAGUUGAUAACGGGUUCUAUCAUUUAGGACAUGCUGCCCCUUAUUCCACAGAGAAGGCACCACAUACGAAAAGUGUAUAGUUGAUUAAACGAUCAAUGAAGAUCGCCAAGAAUAUAAUCCAAGGGCCUUCAUGGUCACUAUUUGGUUC